AUGUCGACACUCUCCUCCCCCCGUCCGUCAAUUGCUUCAUCGCGCGCCCACUCUCCCACCCCGACCUCCUCCCAUCGCCCCUCUCUGGACACAUUGAACACCAAUCUCGGCUACAACGGCGGAGGAGGGCUCAGCGCCUCCUCGACCCCCUCCACCGCGCGAGCAGUCUCCCCGUCCCUCCACCCGCGCCGCAACCGCGCCGCCCUCCGCGACUACUACAACCUCCGGCCGAGCGAUGCUGCCGGCACUGGCGGCGCCGGACGCCGAUCUCGCAGCAUCCCUCGUCCGAGCGAGGACCCUUCCGUCAAUGAGAACAACCACCCAUCAUCAUCCGUCGUGGCCACGGGGACGGAACUCGACAGCCCGGACUUCGACCCCCAGCGCUACGUCAACCACCUCCUGGCCACCUCGUCGCUGUCCACGGUGCUGAAGGCCGAGAACACGCUGGUCGGGGACAUCCGCACGCUGGACAGCGAGCGCAAGGCGCUGGUGUACGACAAUUACUCCAAGCUGAUCCGCGCGGUCGAGACGAUCGGCAAGAUGCGGCGCAGUAUGGAUGAGCGCGGGGCGCCGUUGACCAUGACCAAGACCCUGGGGCCGGCGAUUGCGUUCGUCGCGGAGACGGCCGGCGGUCUAAUUCAGGAGGGCGAGGAGCAGCAGCGCCGGAUCCGGGAGGCGAAGGCGGCGACGGUGGGGGCGGAGCGAAGGAAGGCGGAGAGGCUGACGGUGCAGUGGGUGCUGGCCGCGCCGGAGAGGUUGGAGAAGCUGGUGGCUGAGGGGAAGGCGGAGGAGGCGGAGAAGGAUUGGGAGGAGGUGAGGAAGUUGCUGCUGAAGUGGGAGGGGGUCAAGGGGGUUGCGGAGGUCCGGGAGGCUUGUGAGAAGGUGAUGGAUCGAGGGGACGAGUCGUCUUGA